AUGAAGAGCUACCCAGAGAUGAUCGCCUUUCUGGGGCAGUUCGGCCGCUUUCAGCAAAUCGCUUUCUUCCUCCUGUGCAUCAGCAUCGUACCCAACGGCUUCGGCGCCUUUACGCUCGUCUUCCUGGCUGACACGCCGACCCACCACUGCCGGCUGCCCGACGUUAAUCUGACCGACGAUUGGCGCGCUACAGUCAUCCCUGUGCGGGUGGUGAAUGGGAAAGAGGUGCGCAGCAGCUGCAGCAGGUAUCGCCUAGACUUGGUCCAGAACCUGUCAGACAAUGGUUACGACCCAAAGCGGGACGUCAACCUCACCGACCUGGAGGAGGAGAAAUGUGUGGAUGGCUGGAUCUACAGCAAGGACAUCUACCAGUCCACCAUUGUCACUGAGUUCGACCUGGUGUGCGACAACCAAUGGAAGAAACCAUUCACCACCACCAUUUUCUUCGUGGGUAUCCUGAGUGGCUCCUUCUUCGCCGGGCAGCUCUCAGACAAAUAUGGAAGGAAGCCUAUUCUUUUCAUCACGUUGGGGUUCCAGACAGUCUUCAGUUUCAUUCAGGUUUUCUCCGUUUCCUGGGCCAUGUUCACAAUCCUGUUGGUCUUCAACGGCCUGGGACAAAUGUCCAACUACAUGGCGGCGCUGGUAUUGGGCGCAGAGAUCCUGACAGGCAAUGUGCGACUCCUGUACUCAUCUUUGGGCACCUGCUUCGGUUUCGCCACCGGCUACAUGAUCUUGCCUGUGUGUGCUUACUUCCUGAGGGACUGGAAGCAUCUAAUGCUGGCCUUGUCUGUGCCUUGCCUUGUCAUAUUCCCCUUCUGGUGGUUCAUCCCGGAGUCUCCUCGCUGGCUCCUAUGCCAGGGACGAGUAGAGGAAGCCGAGGCCAUUGUGAGAAAGGCGGCCAAGAUGAACAAAGUGAAAGCCCCCGACAUCAUCUUUGAAGACUACUUGCUUAAGCCCAAAGAAUCGGAGAAAAAAGAACUGCACAGCAUCCUGGACCUCGUGAGCAACGUGGAAAUCGGAUUCAUGACAGUGAUUCUCUGCUAUGUAGCGUUUACGAUGUCAGCAGGCUACUACGGCAUUUCUUUUAACGCCACACAGUUCCACGGCAAUGCGUACGUCAGUUGCUUCAUUUCGGGGGCCGUGGAGCUUCCGGCGUACGUGUCUAGCUGGCUGGCUCUACGCUAUGUUUCGCGUCGGAUGUCUGUCAUCGGCACCCUGGUGCUGGUCGCAGUGCCGCUCUACUUCAUACAGCUGGUUCCUGAAGGUUACUCAGGUAUAUCGCUCACUCUGGAGAUGGUGGGAAAAUACGCCAUCACCACGGGCUUUGGGCUGAUGUUUGCCUACACCACCGAGCUGUACCCGACGGCUCUGCGGAACACGGCGGCCGGGAUCUGUAACACGGUGGCGCGGUUUGGAAGCUGCAUUACGCCAUAUUUGCUGGAGCUCAGGUCCUACUCUCAGUUCCUGCCUUACAUCAUACUUGGUAGUCUGGCCGUUUUGGCUGCCUUUGCGACGGUCCUCCUACCAGAGAGCUUCGGGCGACCGCUGCCUGAAUCUGUCGACCAGAUGCAAAAGAGACAGCGCAUCAAGUGCCCAUGUGUUCCAAAGGCAGGGAUUCCUGUUGCUGUAGCGCUUUCGGAAAGUCCUAAAUCCUAA